AUGAAGUUUACAGCUGUCAGCUCAGCCCUUUUGGGCUUGGCUUCCACGGCUCUCGCUGGAGAGACUUCGACUCGGAAGACCAGCUACGACUACAUCAUUGCCGGCGCGGGUGCUUCAGGCUUGGUUGUUGCUGAGCGCUUCGCUCAAGCCGGCCACAGUGUGCUUCUCGUCGAGCGAGGUGGUCGUUCGUUCUACAGCACGGGCAACCGUGGGGACCUCAUGCCGUGGAACAGCACCAUCACCAUGUACGACGUCCCCGGUAUGGCUUACUUCACCGAUACCUCACCCACUACCCAGUGGUGCCGGGAUAUUGGCGCAUCUGGAGGCUGUCUGCUUGGUGGGUCAACCAUGCUGAAUGCCAUGAUGUAUGUUAAGCCCCGCGCCGCUGAUUUCGAAGGUUGGCCGAAGGGUUGGCGGUGGGAGGAUGGCUUGUCCGAUGCCGCUGAAACUCUCUACGAGCGUCUGCCUGGCACCAUCCUUGCCUCUUCUGAUGGCAAGCGAUACGAUGACACUGCCUACGAGGUCAUGUCUGAGUUCUUGUCGAGCAACGGCUGGAAUGAGGUGGAUGCCCUCAACGAUGUUGAGUCCAAGGACACAGUCUACACUCACCCUCCAUGGCUGAUCAGCAAUGGACUACGAGGUGGUCCAGUUCGCGAGAUCCUCCCUGAUGCGGAAGCUCUUCCCAACUUCAACCUUCAGCUCAACGCCAUGGUCCUCCGCGCCGUCCGCAACGGCCCGAUCGUUACUGGCGUUGAGGUUCAGCAUGAUGACGGUUCCCGGGAGAUCAUCAAGCUGAAGAAGGGCGGGUCUGUGGUGCUCUCUGCCGGCACCCACUCAACUCCCCGAGUUCUCUUCAACUCUGGUAUCGGACCCACGGCGCAGCUCAAGAUUGUCCAGUCCGGCUCCACAAACAUCACCCUUCCUCCCAAGUCCCAAUGGAUUAACCUCCCCGUUGGACAGUUCCUCAAGGACCACCCCAUCAUUGUCGUCCCAUUCCAGACCAAGGAACCUAUCGAGACUCUACCAAGAGCUGCAUGGUUGGAACCUAGCCAGGAAAAUGUCGACUUGUUCGCUCAGGGAGGCGGCCUCCUUGCUCAGUCUGGACAGCGUCUCAACUUCUGGAAGGCCAUUGAGUGCAGUGACGGCGUCACCCGUUACAUUCAAGGCACUGUCAACGCUCCUGCUGGAUCCAACAACACUGUCGAGGCCAAGGUGUAUCUCACUCACGGCCUGACCUCUGUUGGUACCCUCGAGAUUACCUCUGAAGGCAGGACCAGCAUCACCAAGACGCCCCUUCUCAACACUGUCGGCGACCGAGAGGCUGUCAAGACCUUCCUCGACGAAAUUCUGAGCUACACUAGGAAGUCCGGCAGCGUUCUCACUGUUCCCGAGAACAUGACUUCCGACUCGCUUCUGGAGGUUUUCUACAGUGGCAAUCAUCAUCUUAGCUCGGCGAACAUGGGUGCCAAAAACAACGGCAAGAGUGUGGUUGGCCCUGACGCCCGUGUCUGGGGCACCAAGAACUUGUUUAUCGUCGAUGGCAGCAUGCAUCCCGAGGUUCCCACUGGCAACACGCAGGCUUCCAUCAUGGUGGCUGCCGUGCAUGCUGCGAAGAAGAUUUUGAAGGUUUCUAAGAAGCUUUGA